AUGAAAAGUGAAAACAAUUCUGUCGUUACAAAUAUAUGUUCUUUAUUUAAUAUUUUGCAAACAGUUAAAAGUAAGAAAUGUAUUUUAAAUAGUUUAACAAAGUUAUUUUUAUUACUAUAUAAUGAAAGAAUUAGAAGAAAGUUAUUAUAUAAUUCAAAUGAAGAAAACGAUCAUGAUGAUGUUGAUGAUAUUAAGUUAAAAAGAAUUCUUAAAAAAGAUUCUGUUAUUUUAGAUACUUAUAAAAAUUCUUAUACAGAAUACGAAAAAUGGUUAAAUGAGUGUUUUGAAAAAUUCUUAAAAUUGUUAUUUCAAUUAUUAAAUCAUGAUGAUGAAGUUUUUGUAAAAAAAAGUUUAUCUCUUUUAUUUGGUAGCUUACAGUGUGAAUUAAAAAUAUAUGAAAAAAUAUGUGAGAAAUUAAAAAAAGAUAAUGAUAAUAAUACUAACGAGAAAAAUAAUUAUUCUGAGAAAGCAUUUCCUUUUAAAUUAUAUAGACGAAUUAUUUUUAAUUUACUAAAUAUGAAGAAUAUGUCAGUAGAUAUAAUAAAACACGUAUGUAAAAGUUAUAUAUGUUUAUAUUAUGAUUUAAAUUAUUUUUUCUUAUCAAUUUUCAAAAUUUUGUGUAUUGAAAAAAAAAAAAAAACAGAAGACAUUAUUAAUGAAAACAUUAGUUUUUCUGAUGAUCAAAAAAAUUUUAAAAGUGAAUCUAAUGUAGAUAUAAAAGAAAGAAAUGAAUCUAAUGAAAUAAUAAAUGAUAACUAUAAUAUAAAUCUUUUUAUUUAUAGUAUUUUAAUUAAUUCAAUUAAACCAGAAAAAAAAAUAAAAAACUUUCAUAUCAAGAAAAGUAAAUUUAUGAAGCAAAGCCAAAUAGAUAUGUUUUUUGAUAUAGAUGAUAAAGAGAAAAUUAUGAGGAGAAAAAGAAAUUAUAUCGGAAAGCAUAAAAAGAAUGAACCACCUAAAAAGAAAGGUUUUUAUAAUUAUGACAGUGAUGAUAGUAUAAUUCAUUCUUCUUCAAGUGAAGAUACUAACAUUUCAAAUGAGGAUUUUUUAGAUUACAUAGAUAUAAAUGAUGAUGCUAGCGAUAUCAAUUUUUCAGAUAAUAUAGAAGAUUACGAUAUGGUAAAAAACGAAAAUAAGAAAAACAAAUAUAAAAUGAAAGAAAGAAAAAAUAAUUUAUUUAUAAAUGUAAAUAUAGAAAAUAAACUAUAUAGUCAAUUGUAUUCUAGUUGUUGGUUUUAUUUUAUAACAACCUAUAAACAUAAUUAUUCUAUGACCUUGCAGUUGUUACAUUCUAUUCCUUUAUUUGUAUUCCCAUAUACAAAUAACCCUUAUUAUUUAAUUGAUUAUUUUAAUUUCUCAUUUUACUCUUCAUCAAAUUUAUAUAUUUCUCUGGCGGCAUUACCAGGUAUUUUUCAUAUAUUAACAGAAUUAAAUAUUGGAGAUUUAUUAGAAGAAAGUAAUUAUUACAACUUGAAUGAUCAAAAAAAAACAAAGGAAGAAAUUGAUGAAGUCAAAAUAAAAAAGGAGACAAACUAUGAGGAGAAUAUCGUUAGCAAUAACUCAAUGAGUAAUAAAGUUGAUAAUAAUAUAAUGUAUGAAGUAAAUUUGCAAACAAAAAUAGAAAAAAAAGAUGAUGUUGACAUUUCAUAUGUUAACAGAAAUUAUAAUGACUCAAAUAAAAUGUAUCACAUUGAAGAAAUUGAAGUUACCAGUAAUAAUGAUAGUGAUCAAAAAUGUAGAAAUGAUGAAAGUGAAAAUAAUAAGAAAAAUUACAAUUUAAAUGAAAAUAAAAAUAACAAUAUAAAUGAUAAUAACAAUAUAAAUGAUAAUAACAAUGAUGAUAAUAACAAUGAUGAUAAUAACAAUGAUGAUAAUAAUAAAAUUGAUGAAAACAAAAAGAAUUGUGAUAGUAUCGUAUCUGAAAAUGAUCAAAAAUAUUGUAACAAAGAAAUAGACAAUUAUAUUGGAAUUGAUAAAAUUGAUGAUAGUGGCAGAAUUAGAUAUAAUAAUGAAAAAGAAAAUGAAUAUGUAAAUAAUAAAGCAGAAGAAAAUGAAUAUGUAAAUGAUAAUGAAAAUAAUAAUGAAGAAGAAAAUAAACAUGAAAAUGUUAAUGAAAAAGAAAAUGAAUAUGAAAAUGAUAAUGAAAAAGAAAAUGAACAUGAAAAUAGUAAUGAAAAAAAAAAUAAAAAUGAAUAUGAAAAUGAAAAAGAAAAAGAAAAUGAACUUGAAAGUAAUAAUAAAGAAGAAAAUAAUAAUGUAGAUGAGACUGAUAAAAGUAGUGAAAAUAAUAAUGUAGAUGAUACUGAUAAAAGUAGUGAAAAUAAUAAUGUAGAUGAUAUUGAUAAAAGUAGUGAAAAUGAAUAUGUAGAUAAUACUGAUAAAAGUAGUGAAAAUGAAUAUGAAUAUGAAAAUGAUAAUAAAGAAGAAAAUAAAAAUGAAGAAAAAGAAGAUGAAGAAAAAAAUAAAAAUGGCAAUAUUAAAAAGUUGAAUAAUAACAUGUAUACAGAUUAUUAUAAGAGAUUAUUUGAGUUAAUAAUACCUGCUAGUUUUUAUUAUGAUGAUACAUGCUUCUUAAAAAUAAUCUAUUUAUCUCUUAAAAAUAAAAUGAUUCCUUUACAUUAUGUUAUAUCCUUUUUGAAAAAAUUGCUUCGUGUUGGUUGUUUAACAUCAUUUAAUAUAUGCAUAAAUAUUUUAAGUGUAGUUUAUGAUAUUUUAAAUUAUUUCAAAAAAGAUUUAUAUGAAUCAAUGUUUAUUUCAGCAUCCUUGUUUAUGAAUAUGGAAGUAAAAAAUGAUUUUUUUUGCUUCGAAGAUCUCAAUAAAAAUUUUGAUAAAAAUAAAAUUGUAGAAAUUAUAAAAAUGAAUUCAAAAUUAUUAAAAGACAAUUAUAAUGUAGAAAAAGAUUAUUUAAAAAAUUUAGAUAAUAUAAAAAUGGAAAAUAAUGACUGUUUUAUUAUACACAAAAAAAUAAAAAAAGAGCCAAUUGAUGUAGAUGAAAUUUUAAGAUAUGAACUUAAGAAAAAUGAAAAUAGUAGUGAUGUAAUUAAUGAGGAAACAUAUGAUAAUUUUAAGGAAGUUGAAGGAAAUUUAGGAUAUAAAGGUGAGAAAAAUUUAUUUAGUUUACAAGAUUGUCUACCAGAUAAAUAUAAGAUAGAUAUGAAUGUUUUAAAUAAAAAAGAGUUAUAUAUGGCUAAUCAAAUUUUUUAUGAAAUAGUUUUAUUGAACAAUCAUAUGUGUGAUAAUUUAAGUUAUUACUCUAAUAUGUAUUACUAUAGAUUUAAUAAUAAAUCACAUAAUAAAGAGCAUGAUUUUUAUAUUGAUCCAAAUAAAAUUAAUUGGAUAACUGAAGAAUCUCUUUUUUCUUUUUUAAAAAAUUUUUUAAGCUUAAAAAAAAAAAAAGAAAAAGAAAUAUUACCUUCAAAAGAAAAAGAAUUCUUAACAAUGUUUAUAUAA